AUGGGAAACUAAAGUGAAAAAAAAAUAGCUUAAUUUAAAUAAAAAGUCAUUGGAUAUUACUUUUAUCCUACAACUGCUAUUUGCUUAUUGUUUCUAAUUGCUAAUUUAUAUUAUGGCUAUGCUUUAACAAUUUGGGGAGCAAUAGUUAUUGCAAUCAUUACAUUAAUAUAAUACUUUUGUUAUAAUUAGAUUAGUAAAUCAUUGGAUUUAGGUUUAAAUGCAGAUUCUUAUUCUAUAUAUUUAGAUAUUUUAGCUUUAAAUGCUGUCAUUUAAGUAAUUUUUUAAUCUAAUUUAGCUUGGAAGUACAAUAUUUGACUUUUUUUGGUAUGGUUAUUGGAUUAUUCCAUUAAUAUUGUUGUAUAAAGGUUCAUAAAUCAUUUGGGGUUGGUUAUAAAAACCUUAAUAUGCUGAAGAAGAUAAAAAAGAUAAAAAGAAAAAAGAAAACAAACCUAAAGUUAAAUAUGUAAAGUGAAU